AUGGGCGUUCUGAAGGGCACCGGCCCCCUCUUUCUGGCACUGCUGGUGGCCUGCCUGCUCCUGUGCGCCUCAACCCACGGCCCGCGCUAUCAGAAGUUCCUGCGGCAGCACCUCGACAACCCGCGGACCAAUGCUGGGCGGGAUUACUGCUGGGCCAUGAUGCAGCGCCGGGGCAUGGCCCGGCCCUGCAAAGACAUCAACACCUUCAUCCACGCCUCCCGGGCCCAGCUCCGGAGCGUGUGUGGGGACGGGGGCACGCCCUACCAGGGCAUGCGCCGCAGCAAGAGGCCGCUGGCCGUCACCACCUGCGAGCUCAGGCGGAUGCAGGGCGCCCGGUGCAUCUACCGCAGCCAUGCGGCCUCCAGGUACAUUGUCAUUGGCUGCGUCCACGGCAUGUGGCCGGUGCAGUACAACGAGAAAGCGUGA